GCAUUUGAAGCAACAACAUCCUACUCUGGUUUUGAAGACGAAAGAGUUUUUUUCUUCUAAAGCAGAAUCACUCAAGCGGAUGAGACUGGAUAAGUCGGAAGCUAUCACAUGGAAGAGGUUUUUGUACAGCAGGUACUAUAUCUGAAGAUAUAUUUAAUUCAAUAUCAAAUUUUGUUGAAAAAAAUGAUUUGGAUUGGAAUAAACUCAUUGGACUUUGCACAGAUGGCGUAGCUGCAAUAAUAGGUGUACCAUUGGGC